AUGAAGCUGUUCUUAGUAGCUCUACUGUCCGCUGCUCUCGAUGUUCCUGGAGAAGAGGGCUUCCAGCUCGUCAGCUAUCUGCUACGAAAAGGCGCCAAUCCGAAUAGCGUUUAUUCUUUUCAGACACCUUUGCGGAAGGCACUCCGGUUUCAGAGGACAGUCCUACAUGAGGACAUAACUCCACUUCAGCUAGCUGUUAGGAGUGAGAAUCUCGAUAUUGCUCGACAACUGUUGCAGGCAGGCGCAAAUCCUGAUGGCACAAUCGCGUGUGAGGGAGAAGAGUACGGGAUGGUGAAGGUGUUGCUCGAAGCAGGGGCAGGCGUUGAUACUCGAAAUAUCAUGCAGUCGACUGCGUUGCAGUGUGUAUGCGGCUCAGCAAAGAACGACGAAAACAAAAUGAAAACAGUCAAGCUACUCCUGGAAUGGGGAGCUGACGUAGAUGCCUCCCCGGGUCAGGAGAAUGGAAAGAGUUCCAUUGAAGCUGCUGCUGGAACCGGAGACAUCGACAUGGUCAAGCUGUUACUGCGAAAAGGCGCAACUUGCAACAACCCAACUCUUAUCUUGCAAGCAGCUUUUAGGUCUGGCUCUAUGGAAUUGGUCAAUUUCUUGCGUGACCACUUCUCAAAGGCAGGCCUAUUUGCAGUUGGUAAGGCCGAUAGUUGGAGCCAAUACCUCGAAACAGCCACGAAAUCUCGAAAUACCCAACUCGUCAACAUGAUUCUCAGUUUGUGUGUCGAUAAAAGCACAGGUCUCUUUGAGAAACACGUUAUUGAUGCCAUGGAGGUUGCUGCUGACCGCGGAUAUAGCACAAUGUUAUAUUCCCUACUCAUGCCCAGCAUUAACCCCAGUGCCGACGGGAGGGCCUGCCGCAUCCUGAGCAAAUCUAUUAGCGAGCCACUUGGAACUUGGGAACAGUAUGCCAAAUGCUUCACUUUGUUAAUGGACAAGUUCACGGCUUUGGGGCUUGAUCUGGAUAAACCUCUUCCCGGCGAUGCGACGCCUCUCUGCAUAGCAAUUGCUCAUGUGAAAGCAGAAUCCAACGCGGGGAUUCUGGCCCGAGUUAUUGCAGAAACAUGCGAAAACGGCAUCACUAUUAGAUGGGAUGCUCUUGCGCCGGUAGUUUCCUUGUUACUCGAUGCUGGCGCUGAUGUCAAUGCAAUUCCGACAGAAAAUUACCCCAUGACGGCUCUUCAGUAUGCUAUAAAUGCCAACUACAAGGAGCUUAUCACUAUACUUUUAAAUGCAGGGGCUGAUAUCUACGCACAUGCCUUUUGGAAGGGAGGAAAAACCACCCUUCAGGCAGCUUGUUAUGGUGGUAACCUUGAGCUGGUUCAAAGCCUUGUUGUACAGGGUGUAAAUAUAAAUGCCCAGCCAGCCUUGCACUAUGGUGCAACAGCACUUCAGUUUGCAGCAAUGUAG